CGCAGUGCGUAGAGCAGAAGCGCAGGCAGCGCUAUGAGAGACAGAGAGCAAAAACACCCCUUAUCUGUAAAGAAAGGCUAAAAAGUUCACUCCUUUCGCACAAAAUCCUUUCUUCGACUUACUCAGGUCACAUAUUGUGCCGUGUUUUCAUGUCUGUGAUGCGGAGUGUCUGAGAGGGUUCACUGAGAGUGGCAUCCUACAACAUCCCUGCCUGCCAAACAUUCCUCACUGAAGGCUCACAAAACUCCUGUAAGUGAGAUUCAGCAGAUUUGUUGAGAAUGGGUUGUUUAAAGUCUGAGUUCAGUCUGAACUGUUAGUCAUUGUUUCCAUUCACACUGGCGGCGUGUCUCUGAGCUUGAGCCCAGCGAUGACAUGGAAAAACAAACUGCUGAUCUCUGAACACUAGGUCGAGCAGUAAGCUAAAUCAGGGUAAAAAAGCAGGCCAUGUCACGGGUUCCCACACCUCCUCCCCCAGGGGAAAUGACAUCAGGACCUGUAGCGGAGAGCUGGUGUUACACACAGGUAAAAGUUGUGAAGUUUUCUUACAUGUGGACGAUAAACAACUUCAGCUUCUGUCGGGAGGAGAUGGGAGAAGUCGUGAGAAGCUCGACCUUCUCGUCUGGCCCAAACGACAAGAUGAAAUGGUGUCUAAGAGUGAAUCCAAAGGGUCUGGAUGAUGAGAGUAAAGAUUAUCUCUCUCUGUACUUACUGCUUGUUAGUUGUCCCAAAAGUGAAGUGAGAGCAAAGUUCAAGUUUUCUUUACUGAACGCCAAAAGAGAAGAAACUAAAGCCAUGGAAAGCCAAAGAGCCUACCGCUUCGUCCAGGGAAAGGACUGGGGCUUUAAGAAGUUCAUCAGGCGAGAUUUUCUGCUCGACGAAGCAAAUGGACUUCUUCCAGAUGACAAACUUACUCUGUUCUGUGAGGUAAGUGUGGUCCAGGACUCUGUGAAUAUCUCGGGCCAAUCUAACACAAACAUGCUAAAGGUCCCAGAGUGUCAACUUUCCGAUGACUUGGGGAACCUAUGGGAAGGCUCCAGGUUCACAGACUGCAGCUUGUUCGUUGGAGGACAAGAGUUUAAAGCGCACAAAUCCAUACUGGCAGCGAGGUCGCCAGUUUUCAAUGCUAUGUUUGAACACAAAAUGGAGGAGAGUAAAAAAAACCGCGUGGACAUCAGUGAUGUCGAACCGGAUGUAUUUCGAGAAAUGAUGGUAUUUAUUUACACUGGUAAAGCUCCUAACCUGGAGAAAAUGGCCGACAACCUGUUAGCUGCUGCAGACAAGUAUGCUCUGGAAAGAUUAAAAGUAUUAUGUGAAGAGGCUCUCUGUAACAGUCUGUCUGUAGAGAAUGUGGCCGACAUCCUCAUUCUGGCUGACCUGCACAGUGCAGAGCAGCUUAAAGCACAAGCCAUAGACUUCAUUAAUAGGUGCAGCAUUCUCAGACAGCUGGGCUGUAAAGAUGGCAAGAACUGGAAUAGCAAUCACGCUGCAGAUAUAAUGGAGACGGCCGGUUGGAAGGCGAUGAUUCAGUCUCAUCCUCACUUAGUGGCCGAGGCAUUUCGUGCUCUCGCCUCCGCCCAGUGCCCCCCUUUUGGUUUGCCUAGGAAACGGCUAAAACAGUCCUGACCUUUGCCCUCACUGACUGCAUAAAAUACGACGCAUGAGGCAACUACCCCACAAAGCCCUUCUACCCCCUCCUUUUUGCCCAACACCCCUCUUCACUCGCCCUUACUGGAGACACAAAACGGAGGAGCUUGUUUAAAACACAGUGGUCUCCGUUCACAAGAGAGGAAGAAGAAGAUAUGGACUUCGUAGUGGUUGCCGCCAUGCUGUUUACUCUGGCUUGCUGGAGUGUCGUUCAGCGAGUCCUUUGGCCUUAAUGGAUCCACCCCGCCAUUUCUUUGUGUCUCUACAUGUAGUUAUGUGCCUGCUGCGACUGAUUCCAGACCUGUCUGGAUUGCACUAGCUCCCACAUAAUGCAGUAGUUUUAACAUGGUGGUGUUUAGGACCUUGUAUGUCAUGUUGUCGAGGGGCCGGUUUACCUGUAAACUUGUGGUCUGACGUUUCAAAAAAACAAGUAAACGCUCACUAAACGCAUAGCUACGCACAUGCAUCAAGUGCAAAGAUCGUCUCCACUGACACUUUUUAAUUAAUGAUGUUGCCCAUAUUGCUGGCAAAAUGUCUCGUAGUACGUUUAUCAUCAUUGAAAUUGGUGUAAGUAUUAACUGAGGUUGUAAAGUGAAAUGUGAGGGAAUUCACAUUGAGUAUUGCAACGAAACCGGUAGAUGUCAAUAGACAAAAGAUGUCGACAUUUUGCACCAAGGUAAACUAUUUGGUAAAUAUGAAGAUUUGUUUACGGUGUUGUUUACAGACCUUGUUUUCCCCUUUAUUUCGCACAGAAUUAGUUUUGACCUUAGUUAAAGGUGAAUUUAUUUUCCAUGGUUAAUGUACUUUACUGAACAGGAGAGUUCUUUGUGUUUGAACAAAUGUAUUGUAGUUCAAAUGAACUUUGAUUUAUUGCUUUGGAAAUAAAAUGGAAGUCAAUUUU